AUGUCAGGAAAAGUUCACGGAGGAAAAGGAAAGUCGGGAGCCAAAGAGGGGUCCCUCAAAUUGCAGAGCCACUCUGCCAGAGCGGGCCUGCAAUUUCCUGUUGGAAGAAUCAAGAGAUACCUUAAGAAGCAGGCCCAGUCCAAGAUCAGAGUGGGAUCGAAGUCGGCCAUCUAUCUUGCCGCUGUGCUAGAAUAUCUGACUGCCGAGGUGCUUGAGCUGGCAGGAAACGCUGCUAAGGACCUCAAGGUUAAAAGAAUCACACCGAGACAUCUGCAGCUGGCCAUCAGAGGUGACGAGGAACUCGAUACUCUGAUCAAGGCCACCAUUGCCUACGGUGGUGUGCUGCCCCACAUCAACAAGGCACUGUUGCUCAAGGUCGAGAAAAGCAAGGGUCGUGGCGAGUAA